AUGCAUCCCCUCCUGCAGUUGGCUGUCACCGUGAUCACCGAAAGCAACGCAGCUUUUCACUGCGGCAGCUACUUCGUCAAGGACCCGCAGGGGAAAAUCAUUGGCGUGUUCAAGCCCAAGAACGAGGAGCCCUACGGGCAGCUGAACCCCAAAUGGACCAAGUGGCUGCAGAAGCUGUGCUGCCCCUGCUGCUUCGGGCGCGACUGCCUUGUGCUCAACCAGGGCUACCUGUCGGAGGCCGGUGCCAGCCUGGUGGACCAGAAGCUGGAGCUGAACAUUGUGCCCCGCACAAAGGUGGUGUACCUGGCCAGCGAGACCUUCAACUACAGCGCCAUCGACCGCGUGAAGUCCCGCGGGAAGCGCCUGGCCCUGGAGAAGGUGCCCAAGGUCGGGCAGCGCUUCCACCGCAUCGGCCUCCCGCCAAAGGUGGGCUCCUUCCAGCUCUUCGUGGAGGGCUACAAGGAUGCGGACUACUGGCUGCGGCGGUUCGAGGCCGAGCCGCUGCCUGAGAACACGAACCGGCAGCUGCUGCUGCAGUUCGAGAGGCUGGUGGUGCUGGACUACAUCAUCAGGAACACGGACCGGGGAAAUGACAACUGGCUCGUCAAGUACGACUGCCCCCUGGACAGCGCCAGUGCGCGGGACAGCGACUGGGUCAUGGUGAAGGAGCCCAUCAUCAAGCUGGCUGCCAUCGACAAUGGCCUGGCCUUCCCUCUGAAGCACCCUGACUCCUGGAGAGCAUACCCCUUCUACUGGGCAUGGCUGCCACAGGCCAAAGUGCCCUUCUCGCAGGAGAUCAAGGACCUGAUCCUACCUAAGAUCUCGGACCCCAACUUCGUCAAGGACCUGGAGGAGGAUCUCUACGAGCUCUUCAAGAAGGAUCCUGGCUUUGACCGGGGGCAGUUCCACAAGCAGAUCGCGGUCAUGAGGGGGCAGAUCCUGAACCUGACGCAAGCGCUGAAGGACGGAAAGAGCCCCCUGCACCUGGUGCAGAUGCCGCCGGUGAUCGUGGAGACGGCGCGCUCGCACCAGCGCAGCGCCAGCGAGGCCUACACCCAGAGCUUCCAGAGCCGGAAGCCCUUCUUCUCCUGGUGGUAGCGCCAGGGCUGGGACUGAGAGGGGCUGGGACCCCACUCAGCCCCGAGCUCAGCCCCACGGGUGAGCGGACAGGGCCCUGGACCCUUCGUGGCAGGGCCUGGAGCAGUCCCCUGCCCAGCUCCAAUGGACAAGGCCUUGCCUGGAUGCCCCAGGUGCAGCCCGUGUGCAGCUCCGAGUGCAUGGGCCAGAUCCGUCCAGCACGUUACCAGUAGCCUGCUGCCCCCCUCCACCAGACUGCAGGCCCAGUGCUGGCACCCCCUCCUGCAUGUUGCUCCCUGGGGGGUGGGCAGCCGUCCUGGCCAGCCGGUGCCUGGCACUUCUCUCUGUGGCUGCAUCCAGUUGGCUCCCAGACGCCUGGGUCUGUGCUGCAGAGGCACCUGUUGGGUGUACGGGGCUGGGUGGGGGCCCAAGGCGGUGGCGGUGGUGACGGUGGCAGCAGCAGCCAUGGGCUGGGAAGGGGCUGCCGGAGGCUGC